UUUUCAUUUCUAGUUGAAGGAUGUUUUUACCAUACAGUUAUUUGUAAUAACAUGUGUGAAAGAGAAUUCCUAUUGGAAAUUCGUUGAAACUCUUUUAUAUCUUCAACAACGCCAUAGUCUUGGAUAUGUGUUGCGUCUGAUGCGUAUUUGUGCAUGGUGAGAACCGAAGUUUAUGUUAGUUCUUUGAAUGUGUUGAGAAUAGAAGUUCUAGUCCUGUGAAUGUUAAAUUCCUAUAACAUGCAAGUAACUUAUUCACUUUAAAAGAGGCAGCCAACAAUAGUUGCAGCCAUAUAUUUGACACGGGCGUGACUACUUGGAUCGAACGGACAGCAAUAUUGCUUUUAGAGGUUAUCAAUUUAAAUUUUAACUUAAAACAAGAAAUUGAUAACAAGGAGACAUUUUGAUUUCUAUAGCCUGUGGUAUAUGUUGUAAUCAUGGGAAACAAAUCAUCGCGUAUCAAGGGUUCCUCCAAGUCGAUGAAGUCCUCCAAAUCGAUUAAGUCCCAAAAAUCUCUGAAGGAAACCAAAUCUGCAUUUAGAACUAGAUCGCUAAAUAGCAUACCCCAAUCUACAGAGACACAGAGAGUACAUUCUAAGCCCGUGUCCGUAAGCUCAAGCGAUAGAAAAGGUGUGGUUAGUUGCGAACAGACCCAAGAAGAUGCAAUACUACGAAACCCGACCCAGCACAGACGUCAGAAUACGGCUCCAGAAAUAACCUUACAAACAUCACCAAGGUCCCUGAAGAUGAGUGAUUUCUCAAAGGUAGUUCACCAACCAGAAGUAUUCGAGGAUGACGAUCAAGAAGAUGUUUAUAUAGAUUUUAACUCGGCGUCAGAGCCUAACCCCGAAGAACUGUGUCAUAUAUGUAGUGUCUAUACGGGAAAGAUCAAGUUUCUGUGUCGUAUAUGCUAUCAAGUUUAUCAUCUUGGUUGCCUUCAAAAAUUAGAACAACACCAACCAUCACCAGUUGUUUGUUAUUUAAACAGAGCUGAAUCUGAAUUAGGGUGGAGCUGCCAUCAAUGUGAUAAUCUGGUACGACUUUUAUCAGAACCGGAAAUAACCAAGUUAAUUUCGACAGUAGAGCAAUAUAACAUAAAGCAAGGCGCAUCUCUCUAUAGACAGCAGUAUUUAUGUUAUAAAAAGGCUGCUCAUAGAGAUACCUUUAAAGAGGAAAUAACAGAUGAACGCCUAACCGACGAAAGAUCAAUAUUUGACAAACUUGACGUGAAACAUACUGGUCACAUCAGCUGGGUUCAAUUCAUCAAUAGUGAAGCCAUCAGAAUAUUUGAGAAAAGAACAAAGAAUCAACUGGUAAAGAUAUUAACUCAAGGAGAAUUAUACAGAGCAAGACAAAUAUUCCUCAACUACGACCACGAUAGGGAUGGGGAGAUAACUCGUUUCGAAUCACGUAUGGCACAGAUGCAGAACUUCAGAGAUAUAAGCUGCUUCCCUACACCGACCCCGAGUACAUUACUGUUCACUAAUGAAGAAAUAGGAGGUGUCAUCAGUUGGAUGGAUUUCCUGCGUGAUCAAGCGAUAUGCAUAAUAGCCAGCAGACGAAAUUCUUUCUGCAAAUAUCCACCAAAGCCCAGAGACCCCCCUGAAGCCGUCGUUCCUGAUGUUCUAGAUAAGAAAACAAAAUUACAAACCGAAAAUAAAGCCGACAAAAUUAUCACCGACGAGGAACGUGUUCAAAACACAGCCCGAACUGAAGAGAUUGCAGUGAAGUCAGAUACAGACACGCCUGUCGAUAUUGCUUCAAAUCCAUCUCCUUCGGCCCAUGCUCAAAAUAGCAUCCCUCUUGGAAAAGCUGACCCCAUCUCUACAACAGAGUCUGUUGAGGUUUUAGAACCACACACAAAUACUGUUUUGAUGAGAUCCGGACGAAGUAAAUCUACCAUGGCAAAUCUAAGCGAUGAUCGAACAAAAAAGCUUCAAAUGCCCAUUAGACGUGCAAGUGCAGCGAAAUCGGCAGAUCAAGCCAUUGCCGACACAGAACCGAAACUACGAAAAAUUCCAAACGUUAUUCUUCACGAGGAGGAUCAUCCAUCUCAAAAAACUGCUCGGUCUGACUCUCGUGAAUCUAUUGACGUCGACACUAGUGAUGUUGUACGCAGAUUUCCAAAGAAGCCACGUGGACAAAUCAUGUCAAUGUAUGUGUAUGAAAGCAACAGAAGAGUAAGCAGUGAGAACCAAUCGAUCAGAAGACCCGUUUCUGUUGUUGGUUUCAAAAUGGAACCAACAGAUCUCGUGUCAAAGCUUUCAGUCAAACUUAAGACAAGGGCAUCCACUGUGUCACAAAAUAGUAUUCAUCGUUUACUGAUAAAUGAUGCGAUGAAUUCCGAUGUUCAGAAACGAAACGCCGAGGCACAGCUGUCAGUUAAUGAUGUUUCUGCCAGUAAAGUACCCAAAAGUACCCAAGAUGCUGAAGUUUUGGAACCCACUCCAGGCGCGGAUGCUGUAAAACAUGUUUCCAAACAUGAUGUUGAAAUUCGUGAAAGAGACGAUCUAUUUCAUGAAACUAAACCAGAAACCGGAAAGUUUCGGGCCUCAGACAGUGAAAUUUUAAAACCUGGACGACCACAAAAAACAACACGCGGUCAAACUAACUCUUUAUUUGUGACCCGAAGUGAACGAGCCAUGUUAUUGAUUGAUCAAAAAGAUAGACGGCCCAUGUCUCUUGGGUAGUUUUUAGACUAAUGGUGUGUACAUAUUGUAUAUUAUCAUGAUAGACAACUGAGGAAAUAACUUCUUUCUGUCUCAUCAGACUUACUUAUUUAUAUUGUAUCAAUCAUAGUUUAUAUAUGGAUAAAAAUUGUGUAUACCGCUAUAAAUAAGUGCAUGCUGCUAUAAAUAAGUUUAUACUGCUAUAAAUAAGUUUAUACUGAUAUAAAUAAAUUUAUAUUGAUAUAAAUAUGUAUAUAAUGAUAUGAAUUAGAUAAAUUUAUAUUGAUAUAAAUAAGUUUAUACUGGUAUAAAUAAAUUUAUGCUGAUUUAAAUAAGUUUAUAUUGAUAUAAAUAAAUUUAUACUAAUAUAAAUACGUCUCUGAAUAUUAAUAUAGCUAUCAAUAUUAAUAAGAUGACUAUCAAUAUGUCGGCUUCACUGAAGCCAAUUUUAAGAAGUGACUCUUACUUACUGUUGGACCCAAUAUAAUUUGUUUUUAUAAUAUUCACCCGAGUCAAUUUUAAUAUAAUUUGUUUUGUUUUUUUAAUUUUCACCAAAGUCAAUUUUAAUUUCCACCUAAGUCAUUUGUAAUAUAAAUAUGUUUUUUGUAUAAUUUUCACCAAAGUCAAUUUUAAUAUAAUUUGAUUUUUAUAAUUUUCACCCAAGCCAAUUUUAAUUUCCACCCAAGUCAAUUUUAAUAUAAUUUGGUUUUUUUUAUAUAAUUUUCACCCAAGUCAAUUUUAAUUUCCACCCAAGUCAAUUUUAAUACAAUUUGUUUUUUUUUAUAAUUUUGACCCAGGUCAAUUUUAAUUUCCACCCAAGUCAAUUUUAAUAUAAUUCUUGAUCUUACUAGUAGACAAAAACACAGAGAACCUGGUCAUGAAGACAAAGGGCCCAUUUUCUUACUAGACACAGAGGGUGCCUUUUCUUGGACUGUGGGUCCUUUUUCUUGAACUUGGGGCACUCCAACUGGAUUUGGUGUUUGGAUUUCGAAGAAGAAUAGGCGGGACCGCCGCUGUCCGGGCAAAAUGUCCCAUCAUUAUAUUACUAUAUAAAUGACUUGGGUGAUAAUUUAAAAAAAUCAAAUUAUAUUACAAAUGACUUGGGUGAAAACUAAAAUUGACUUGGGUGAAAGUUAUAAAAAACAAAUUAUAUUAAAAUUUACUUAGGUGGAAAUUAUAAAAAAAAAACCAAAUUAUAUUAGAAAUGACUUGGGUGGAAAUUAAAAUUGACUUGGGUGAAAAUUAUAAAAAAACAAAUUAUAUUAAAAUUGACUUGGGUGAAAAUUAUUAAAAAAAAUUAUAUUAAAAUUGACUUGGGUGAAUAUUAAAAAAUAUAAAUGAUAUUAUUUUUCAUAUCCCUUAUCAGCCACCGUAGAUUUUAUAGACGUCAGUCACUUUAGGUCGAAGAAACAGAAACGCCCAGUUACAUUCAUUGACAGUACAGUAUCUUGUUUGACCAUAAUUGACACCCAAAGUAAUUCUGGCGGAGCUAAUGUGAGGAUGAGUGUGGUGGUGGGGUGAACCGAUUUCCUCGAUACUACAUUGCAUUGUACCAUUUAUUUUAUGUAAACAGAUAAAUACACCUAUGUAGAUAAUUAAUGGGGUUAAAAUUGGCUUUUAUAAGUGGAAUACUGGAAUAAGUGUAAAUAAUUAAAUCUGAAGUGGAUGUUUAAUUAAUGUUUUAUUAGUAACAUUUCCUUGACGGAAACCAUUCUUCAUUGCAAGUUGUAUGAUUAUAAAAAAAAUAAAAAUAAACUGUU